CAUUUUGACACCCCUAUUUUUAGGGGAUGGGGACGAUGAAAGUAAUUAACCCCAAAAAAGAGAAAAGAAAAGAAGAGUGAGCCUCGUGAUAAGUCAAAUGACGAAAUUGUCCAUACUCUCCAGACUAUAGAUUAGGGCUUCAGCUCAAAACCCUCAUUAGUGCCUCUUUCAGAAGAGAGUGAAAGGAGCUGCCGCCGUCUCCAUUGACAGAAGCAGAGGAGCACUUCCGACGCCGCUGCCAACAUGGGUAUUUCACGAGAUUCUAUGCACAAGAGACGUGCCACUGGUGGCAAGAAGAAGGCAUGGAGGAAGAAGAGAAAGUAUGAGCUUGGUCGUCAGCCAGCUAAUACCAAGCUUUCAAGCAACAAGACUGUUAGGAGAAUCCGAGUGAGAGGUGGCAAUGUCAAGUGGAGGGCUCUCAGAUUAGAUACUGGAAAUUACUCUUGGGGAAGUGAAGCUGUCACCCGCAAAACACGUAUCCUUGACGUGGUUUAUAAUGCCUCCAACAAUGAGCUUGUCAGAACUCAAACCCUGGUGAAAAGUGCCAUUGUUCAAGUGGAUGCUGCUCCAUUCAAGCAGUGGUACCUUCAACACUAUGGUGUUGACAUUGGCAGGAAGAAGAAGGCUACUUCCGCCAAGAAGGAAGGAGAGGAGGCUGAUGGGGCAGCAGCCACAGAGGAAGCCAAGAAAAGUAACCAUGUUGUCAGGAAGAUUGAGAAACGCCAGAAAGAUCGUAAACUUGAGCCCCAUAUUGAAGAACAAUUUGGAUCUGGUAGAUUGUUGGCUUGCAUUUCUUCCCGUCCGGGUCAAUGUGGAAGGGCUGAUGGAUAUAUCUUGGAAGGAAAGGAACUUGAAUUUUACAUGAAGAAGAUUCAAAGGAAGAAGGGCAAGAGCGCUGCUGCCUAAGCUCCAGUUCGCUUGAACCUUUUGCCUGGUCAAAUGCAGUUAUUUUUAGGUUCUGAUAUGGUUUAAGAAAACAAUUUCGGAUGUUCUGCUGAAUGUCUUGUCUCUGUAUUUUGAGGAGUAUCUUGUUUGGAUUUAUAUUUAGAGAAAUAUCUCCCUGUUUGAAAACAUUUAGGAACUUCAGUUGUCUUUAUAAGAAUUUAACUAAGAAAAUCCUCCCAAGACUUGUUUAUGCUUUGUUAGACAUCGUAGCAGCUAUUCAGGUGCUUGGCCUAUAUCUAGAACAAAAUAUCAGUAGUGGUGAAGUGCAUCUUUUCAAUAUUAUUUCCAAUGCAAUCACUACCACCCUUGCACUUUUCAUCAGUAGUAUAGACUCGUUCUAGAACUUGAUCCUCGGUUCUGUGGUCAUAAAAUUUAGGACAUGUAUAGUAAAUUGAGAUCAAAAUUUGUUUUCUUGAAGAGGGACGCCUUGAGUAUCAUGACUUGAAGAGGGACGCUUUUUGACGAAUUUGUGGAGCCACGAUGAUUUUUUUGUUCUUUGUUCUAUAUUAUGGUAAAGAGAAGUUAACUUUCUG